AGCGGAGCGGGACGGCGGGAUGGAGGGGCUCAUCCCGCUCGUCAACCGGCUGCAGGACGCCUUCGCGGCGCUCGGCCAGAACUGCCUCCUUGACCUGCCGCAGAUCGCCGUGGUGGGCGGGCAGAGCGCCGGCAAGAGCUCGGUGCUCGAGAACUGCGUCUCCAGGGAUUUUCUUCCCCGGGGAUCUGGAAUUGUAACAAGACGACCAUUGGUCUUGCAACUUAUCACAGCCAAAACAGAGUAUGCCGAAUUUCUACACUGCAAAGGGAGGAAAUUUACUGAUUUUGAUGAAGUUCGUCAGGAAAUUGAAGUUGAAACAGAUAGAGUAACAGGAAUGAACAAAGGCAUUUCUUCAGUUCCUAUUAAUUUAAGAAUAUACUCCCCACACGUGUGUCUCCUUGCCCUAUUGAAUGUNCCGGGAAUCACUAAGGUGCCGGUAGGGGAUCAACCUGCAGAUAUUGAGCAUCAAAUCAGAGAGAUGAUCAUGCAGUUCAUCUCUCGGGAGAACUGCCUGAUCUUGGCYGUGACUCCAGCUAACACUGAUCUGGCCAACUCAGAUGCGCUGAAGUUAGCUAAAGAAGUGGACCCUCAAGGCCUUAGGACCAUUGGCGUGAUCACAAAAUUGGAUCUAAUGGAUGAAGGAACAGAUGCAAGAGAAAUUUUAGAAAACAAACUACUCCCCCUUCGUAGAGGUUAUAUUGGUGUUGUAAACAGAAGCCAGAAAGACAUUGAUGGGAAGAAGGAUAUCAAGGCAGCUCUCCUAGCAGAAAGGAAAUUCUUUCUUUCACACCCCGCAUACCGGCAUAUGGCAGAUCGGAUGGGAACACCGUAUCUCCAGAAAGUUCUAAACCAGCAACUUACCAAUCAUAUUCGAGACACCUUGCCAGGCUUCAGGAGCAAACUCCAGGGCCAGCUGCUUUCUAUAGAACAUGAAGUAGAGGUGUACAAAAACUUCAGACCAGAAGAUCCAACCAGAAAAACUAAAGCCCUGCUGCAGAUGGUCCAACAAUUUUCAGUGGACUUUGAAAAAAGAAUCGAAGGAUCAGGAGAUCAGGUUGACACAUUAGAGCUCUCAGGAGGUGCGAAAAUCAAUCGUAUUUUCCAUGAACGCUUUCCUUUUGAACUGGUGAAGAUGGAAUUCAAUGAGAAAGAACUGCGGAGAGAAAUAAGUUAUGCAAUCAAGAACAUACAUGGUAUCAGAACAGGUUUGUUUACUCCAGACAUGGCAUUUGAGGCUAUUGUUAAAAAACAGAUAGUGAAGCUGAAAGGACCUUGCUUAAAAAGUGUGGAUCUGGUGAUGCAAGAGUUGAUCAACACUGUCAAGAAGUGCACUAAAAAGCUAGCAACCUAUCCAAGGCUAUGUGAGGAAACAGAAAGAAUUGUUGCUGGCUACAUCCGUGAAAGAGAAGAGAAGACCAAGGAUCAGGUAUUGCUGUUGAUUGAUAUCCAGGUAUCUUACAUCAACACCAACCAUGAAGACUUCAUUGGCUUUGCAAAUGCCCAACAAAGAAGCAGUCAGGUUAACAAAAGUGCAGUGGGAAAUCAGGGAACCAAUCUACCGCCUUCAAGGCAAAUUGUCAUCCGGAAAGGCUGGCUGACCAUCAACAAUAUUGGAAUCAUGAAAGGAGGAUCCAAAGAAUACUGGUUUGUUCUGACCGCAGAAAGCCUGUCCUGGUAUAAAGAUGAUGAGGAAAAAGAGAAGAAGUAUAUGCUUCCUUUGGACAAUUUGAAAGUGCGGGAUGUUGAAAAGAGCUUCAUGUCUAGCAAACACAUCUUUGCAUUAUUUAACACGGAACAGAGGAAUGUUUACAAGGAUUACCGCUUCCUUGAGCUUGCCUGUGACUCCCAGGAGGAGGUGGAUAGCUGGAAGGCAUCUCURCUCCGAGCCGGUGUCUAUCCUGAUAAAUCCUCAGGGAACAGCAGAACAGAAAACGAAGAGAAUGACCAAGCAGACAACUUUUCAAUGGACCCCCAGCUGGAGAGACAGGUGGAGACAAUUCGCAAUCUUGUGGACUCCUACAUGUCUAUCAUCAACAAGUGUAUCCGAGACUUGAUACCGAAAACAAUCAUGCACCUUAUGAUCAAUAACGUAAAAGAAUUUAUCAAUGCAGAGCUCCUCGCUCACUUAUAUUCUUCUGAGGACCAAAACACUCUAAUGGAGGAGUCAGCUGAACAGGCGCAGAGGCGAGAUGAAAUGCUGCGCAUGUACCAAGCUCUUAAGGAAGCUCUAGCAAUCAUUGGUGACAUUAGCACUAGUACUGUGUCAACCCCUGCACCCCCUCCUGUCGAUGAUUCUUGGCUUCAGCAAGCCCGCAGAUCACCUCCUCCAAGUCCCUCGACUCCAAGGAGGCCAACCUUAAAUAACCCCCCAACCAGACCUCUGUCCGGCCGAGGACCAGCUCCUGCGAUCCCAUCUCCAGGCCCUCAAGCGGGGGCUCCCCCAGUCCCAUUCCGCCCAGGACCGUUGCCUCCAUUUCCGAGUGGUGGUGAAGCCCUUGGAGGACCUCCCCAAGUUCCCUCUCGGCCAACUCGGGCUCCUCCCAGCGUCCCCAGUCGAAGACCACCCCCUUCACCUACUCGGCCCACUGUAAUCCGUCCAUUAGAUUCGUCCCUAUUAGACUAAACGAAGUUUCUGGCAUGCCAUUCGUUGUUAACCCAAUCUGUGGAAGCAAAUUGCUUGAUAACUGUUGCAAUAACCAAUGUAUAGUGGCAUGUAUGGACAUCUAUAGGCAAGUAACCAGUUUUACUGAUAUUCUCUCUGUCCAUUCUGCAUUGCUUGUGGGUCUUACAUGUUUAGGAAGCUCUGUGCUGCCUUGACUCUUCCUUGUGCCGUAGCUGACGCUAACUUACUGACAGACGUGUUCACCCAGGCAGCUGUGCUCACAAUCCUAUCCAAACGAACGAUUGCGUUCGUGUGUGUGUGCACGUGUUGUCUGAGUCUGCUGCUCUUUUUGUGUCUGAAUGGCUCCUUGCUUUUAUAUGUAAUUUUUAGAUCUGUAAGGCAUAUCACCUGAAGUUUUCUGUCAUUUGGAAUUAGAGGGUUCUGCCUGUUUUCUUCUUUAAUGGCUAAACCAGGCUGAGAAAAGCAGUGUUGUUGUUCAUGCAAAUUCCUGGCUGGCCGAACACUUCCAUGUCCCUCUUGCAAGCCUCCUGGAUGGUUGCUUUUCCCGUAGUUCUUCUCAUCAGAAACCUAGUUUAUAAAGAAUGUCAUUAAACAAGAAGGGUGUGUUUGGUACAAUCCAUGUUUUACAAAAUUCUUCUUUCCACAUUGGUGACUGACAUCCAGAGUUGGCUGGGGGAUCAGCAAGGACCGGCUUGCAGUACCCUGGCUUGCACUAGCUCUGCCAAAGGGCAAACGUGGAAGGGCCAGCAGGUAACUUGGAAGCCUCAGAGCGGAGCUGCUGCAGCCUGCAGCAGCCUGUGACAAAUACAUCCUGCACGUGAGGAACAUGCCAGGCCAGCACGUGCCAACUUGCUUUGUCCUCCAGUAGCACUUGCCCAUAUGAGCAACYCCCCUGAACUCAUUGGAAGCACUAUGUGUGUGUGGGUGAGGGUAAUAUGUCUAAUUAUGCUGCCUGGAAGGCUGAGUGCUCCAUGGCCAUUGUGUGAGCCAGUCAACAGGGCUACGGCCUGUGUUUGGAUCCGAGCUCUCCAAGGAACCAGGUUUGCAAAUUGUAGAUUAGCGCAUCUGAAAAAAAAAAAAACUUUAUCACUUAAUUUUAAACACUUAGGUUUAGUGUCAUCCUUGAGGCUUAAAACUUAAAUCAAUAGAACUAUACCAAAGACUAAUUUGGCCGUGUGACUUCAGGAAAUAUUAAUUGUUGUUACUAGAGUUUCAGUUACAGAUCYCUAGGCAAAACCUUUGGUGGUUUCAAAGGCCACAAGUACAACCAUCUAAUAAAUCAAUUUAUGGAGACUGCUUGUAGGGCGACAGUACRUUGUAUCUCCGUGGUUAGGAAGAAUCUAGUCCAAGAGCCACAACCAGUGGAGAUUUUCCCUGUUAAUUAGCCUCAGGCUGCUGAUUAAAUAACAGUUAUGUUAUUUACAGAAACAAAUCAUAUUUCUGCUUACAUGAGAGGUGAGCUUAGAAAAGCACCRUGAUGUGUAGGUUAACUUUUAAUUUCCUGUCACACAAUACUUGUGACACAUGCCUGGGGAUCCUGGAUGUCAGUAUUUGAAGGGCACUGAAUUUCUCAGUACAUUGGCAGCUUCGUGGCCUCAGCAAGUGGCUGAAAUGGCCAGUGUUUGUCUAGAGAACAGGACCAAAUCUUCAAGUGCAGAAAGUCAGCUUACAAGGGAAAAAAGGGUGUAACCCCAACUGCACUGCAUUGGUUUCUACUACAGAAAAAGUGAGAACAUAUUUUGAUAUUUUUCUUCUGUUUUCCACUCUGUAGUGCUCUCUUCUGUAACAUACAAUGCAUCUGUUAGCUGCGUAUAAAAACACACCUAUAGUAGUCCAUAUUAUUGCCUAGCCAGAAAACCUGUACAUAGAUUAUCAACUAAUUCCUGAGCUGGCAGCUGUCUUCUCUCAGAAGGCCACGCUUAGCACCUAUCCAGCCUCAGCCAGUGAGAGUUACCAUUUUAACCCCAAAUCUCCAUCUUCACCCCCUCCAUCCCUAAGUGCUAGAGUAAAACAUCAGCUGUCCAAGGUCUCCUUUGCUCAGUGGGAAAAGGCAGCACCUCCACCAAGUGAUUCAGGCUGGUGUGACUGCAUAGGACACCAGCAUGGGAAUGCAGGUACUUAGGAGUCUCAAACACAUGGCAUAAUUCUUGAUCUGAAAAUGUUUAAUUUACACACUUGAGGCUCCUUAAUUUACAUUCCUUACGGUUUCUGUCAAGCUUAAGGAAAUACAUAGUUAUCGCAAUUCAGUGCUACCCUUCACUCAGCCCCACAAGAAAUUAUAAUUCUCCGUGGCAGUCUUGGGUUAUAAAUGAAACUCUCAGGCACAGAGUCACCAGAAAGGGGAGGAAGCUGUGGGGUCUGUAGCCCCGGUGUUAGCACCAUCUGGCUCUGCACUCCUGGGGCCAUGGGGCACCACGUGCAGCUGCACAGCCCUUCCUUCUUCUGCACCCCAUUCACAUUACACCUGCACCUGGCCCUGCAACGCACCACUUCUGGGUGGAUAGGCAAGUUCAGUUAUGCAGCAGGAGCUUUCUGAGUUUACAUGAGACUUGUAUUAGCUGGACGAUAUGUGUAGCUACGUUUCAGGAGGGUGCUCCUGGUACUGCAUUUAGAUGGAGACUUGAUCUCUGCUUAAGGAACAGGUUUCCUCUCAUCCCAUUGCAGAUGACCAACGGCUGAAGAGCUCUCCUGUGCCCUAAAAACAGCUCUCAGUCUUGAAUCUCAAGGGAUCUUGUGUUGGAAUURAAAAGAUUGUAUGUUCAAUGAAAAGGUGUAUUGUAAAUAGUUGAUAUGUGUUUAUUUUGUUGCUGAUCUUACUGCACUUUCUGAGUAAGUCUCAUAAAAGGAGAUAUUUAUUGUAUUAAAAGAGACACGUUAUAGGUUAUGGCAUUUUGUGUUAAUGUGUAACAUAGAAAAUAUUGUACUCUAUAUUGCUAACAGCUACACUAGACGAUGUGUAUACAGCAUAUUGAGAUUACCGGCUAGCUCUGUCUGUYUUAAACUAGUCCUGAAUUCAGAGCAGAGCUAUUCUGCACACGCGGUGCCCUUGGCCUUCCCCRGCCUCCAGCAGGACAGCUCCGUGUGUCGCUGAACGUUACUGUGCCCCUCUUUCCU